AUGUCUUUUUCCAACACCUCUGUCGGCGACAAGCCCGCCGACCCCUACAAGCAGGCCAAUCAGGACGACGUGGACAUGAAGACAAAGAUCAAUGACCUCGUCGAGUUCCAGACUGCAUGCAAGUUUGGCAUGAUGACCACCCACGAGGCGUCCACGAGUCAUCUUGUGUCACGCUGCAUGGCUCUAGCUGCCACGGAAGCCGGCGGCAUCGACUUGCUGUUCCACACCAACACCGAGUCUGGCAAGACCAGCGACCUCUCCAGCGACCCCAACAUCAACAUCUCUUUCCUCAACGCCUCGGGCGAGUGGGCGUCGGUGUCGGGGCAGGCCACCAUUGCGACGGACCGCGACUUGAUCAAGAAGCACUACAGCCCGGCCCUCAAGGCCUGGCUCGGUGACCUGGGCGACGGCAAACACGACGGAUCCGAAAACGACCCCCGCAUCGGCAUCAUUCGCGUCAAGAUGCACUCGGCCACCUACGCCCUCGUGGCCAAGAACAUCCUGAGCCGCGCAGCCGAAGUCGUCCAGGGAGCCAUCACGGGCAAGCCAGCCCAGACCAACAAGCUGAGGGAGAUAUCAGCCGCGGAGGUGCAGGAAUGGCGGGCGACACACGCAUAG